UUUAAUGAACUGUACUUGGCCCCAUCAACCUCGAAAAAACUUGUCUGUAUCAGCCGGCUAAGUUGGCCCAUCGGAAACCAGCUACCGCCGAAUACUCCCCUCUGCGGUUUCGACGGGAACGCCCUUAUCUGCCAGCAGAUGAACGCUUUGUCUACAUCAACGUUAACUGUGAUAAUCGUGUUACCGAUUUUAUUUGUUGCCGCUUGUGUAGUCAUCGCCUGGGUGAUUGUAAAACGGUUAUCGGCUCCGAUUGACCCGUACUGGUGGCGAAUAUACAUACAUGAACUGAAAGCUCCUGUACUGGAUACCGGUGCCGUUAAUUUUAAACGCGAAUCACAGCUUCAUCACACCAACGGGACUUUGUCAGUUCACACUAUGAGAGGACGAUCGGUGACCUUUAACGGUCAUGUUCAGGACCAUGCGGACGCUGAGGAUAAAUCACAUGAAAUGUCGGAAUCGAAUAUUUUUAGCACCGUGGCAGAGAAUCCUUACACGAUCGGCGUGCUCCAUCUAGAGAUGGCGGUGGGAUUAGCCGAGCUGCCGAACCCAAAGCACAAAGUGCCUAAGACGCUGCUAAAAGACGUUACUCCGAUGAAGUUCAUUCACCACAGCAAUCUUCAUCAGUUCAUCGGAAUUGUUGUCAGUGAUGAGAAUCUUUGCGUAUUUACGGCCGGCGAAGUCUGCUCUAAGGGCUCCUUAAAGCAGCUGCUAAUGACAUCUCAUUUCGAGAUCGAUAAUGUGUGCAAGAAUUCCCUGAUUGCCGACAUUGUCAGUGGAAUGAAUGCGCUGCACGCAAGUGUCAUCCGCUCACACGGGAAUCUCACGGCCCUUACUUGCCUGAUCGACAGCCAGUUAAUGCUCAAGAUUACCGACUAUGGUUUACCUAAUUUGACAAGAACACUUAAUUUCUUUGAUGCGCCGUUCGAAUCACAAACCGAGCGGAAUUUUCAUGAACUGUUAUGGCGUGCGCCAGAAUUACUUCGAAGAAGAAUGGAGCCAGCUGGAACGCAAAAAGGCGAUGUGUACAGCUUUGCCAUACUUCUUCAGCAAAUUAUUUUGCGUAGUGCACCUUUUCGCUUGGAAGGUGUACCGGGAAGUAAUGAAAAAGCAAGAGAAAUAGUUCUUGAGCUUAAACACGGUACAGCGCCGCCACUGCGCCCACCCGUUCCGUCCUCCGCUUGCGGGCCGCGGCUAUACGAUUUAAUGGAGGCCUGCUGGGACGAGAAUCCACUAUCCCGCCCAUCAUUUCCGCGGAUUCGCAGCCUUCUCGGCCGCAUCGUCGGCCACUCGGGGAACAUCGUUGACAGUUUAAUUAAAUCCAUGGAGCGUUACGCCAUGACCUUAGAGCAGCAGGUGGAGGAUCAAAUGCACAAUUUCAUGGAAGAAAAGCAGCGCUCGGAGAUGCUGUUAAGCAAUUUGUUGCCAAAAUCGAUUGCCGAAGCAAUGCAAACGGGGCACACAAUUUACCCGGAAACGUUUGCUAGCACAACCGUAUACUUCGGAUAUUCCGGGUUUACGGAUAUUAUCUCCAGGGAACCCUCGCCGAAACACGUCAUCGGUGUUCUCAAUUCUAUGUAUAAUACGUUUGACAGCAUCUUGGAGAAAUUCGACGUUUACAAAGUCGAGACAAUCAAUGAUGCUUAUUUGGUUGUAAGUGGUCUUCCAGUUAGUAAUGGCCUUCGCCAUGCCAACGAAAUUGUGUCCAUGGCCAUGAGUAUGAUGAGGGACACGGAGAAACUGAACAGCUUCAACGCAACCGUCCGCUCAGCGGGCAAUUCGCCCAUGUUUGAACUACGUGUCGGUGUUAACUCAGGUCCUUGCGUUGCCGGCGUGGUUGGACUGAAAAUGCCUAGAUACUGUUUAUUCGGGGAUACGGUGAAUACAGCUGCCAGAAUGCAAACCAACGGAAAAGCGGGUAAAGUACAUUCCACACCAACGACAAUGGAGAUACUGGAGCGAGCGAAUAGCGGCCAAUACGGUUUCUCUAGCAGAGGCCAAAUACAAAUUAAGGGCAAAGGACUUAUGGAAACAUUCUGGAUUGUGGAAAAACAACAGUGAAAAGUGUUACUGUGAUCUCAGCUUCCGCACUGAUAAUUCAUAUUCAAAGCGCUUGCCAGCCCGUGAAAACAAUUUCUUGCGUACUAGUAUACAUGAAAUCCGUCAGUGAAAACUUAAGAUACGGAACGACUCUUUCAAAUCAGCGGCACUGGACGCGGUAUCGUUGUUGUACAAGGAAGUGUGGUGGUCCAGCUGCGGCAGCAUUCCCUUCAUUAGGUUAAGAAGAUUAUUUUGCAAAUGUUUGAUCUGUUGUUUGGAGUCGCGGGCUUGAUAGAUUAAGAUGAAGUAUGUCAGCAUCAUUCCGGUUAUCUAAAAGUAACA